AUGUUGAUUGAGAGAGGGGGCGGCAUCGCAACAGUGAUGAGAAGAGCAGAGGAUAGACCAGAUGCAGAUAAACUAGUCAGCAGAAGAGAUGACAUCUCACUGCAAGACACAGCUACUAUCUCCGCAGCUGUAAGAGAUGCAGAAGAGAGAGAAAAUAUAAUAAUAAGAGCAGUGCUUCUGCAGCUCAUUGACACUGCUGUCUUCACUUUCAAUCUGGCUUUCUUGAUGAUCAUGAAGACUGCAGCUGCAUUAUAA